AAUAGGUUAGCCCUACCCUAUUCCCCACUCUAUUAAUCUAAGCCACAAACUAAGCCUCCAUUAAUCUUGCCCUCAUCAUUCCAACCACUCUUCCUUUUUUUCCUUCCUCUCUGGAGGAUACAGCCCCUAAUCCACCACUUAAUCCCCAUUAAUUAGUUCACUAACAAUUAAGGCCAACGCACUUUUCUCCUCCUCUCCUCUCCUCCCUCCGCUGCUUUGCUUGCUUGCCACACCUGCCUUCUCCCUACACCUGUCAGGCUUGUCAGCCCGCCGCUGCACCGGCAAGGACUCAAGUCGCCGUACGCGCCGGCCCGCGCCAUGUCUACCGCCGGCGAGGCCGGCACAGGGUCUGGGCGCGCGGCGCGGCUGCCGCGGUGGACGCGGCAGGAGAUACUGGUGCUGAUCGAGGGGAAGCGGGUGGUGGAGGUGCGCGGGCGCGGCAGGGGCAGAGGAGGAGGAGGAGGAGCGGCCGCGGCGGAGCCCACCAAGUGGGCGGCGGUGGCGGAGUACUGCCGGCGGCACGGCGUGGAGCGGGGCCCCGUGCAGUGCCGGAAGCGGUGGAGCAACCUCGCCGGCGACUACAAGAAGAUCAGGGAGUGGGAGCGCUCGCUGCCGUCGUCCAAGGACCAGGUCUCCUUCUGGGCCAUGCGCAACGACGCGCGCCGGGAGCGGAGGCUCCCGGGCUUCUUCGACCGCGAGGUGUACGACAUCAUCGAGGGCCGCGGCGCCGGCGGCGGGGGUGUCCGUGACGGUGGCGUUAAUGCGGGCGUGGUGCACGCGGAGGAGGGUGCCGAGGAGAAGGUGGUGUUCGACGGUGGCCGCGCGGCGGCCGCCUUGGACCACGGGCUGUUUUCGUCGUCAUCGUCGUCUGAGGAGGACGACGAGGAAGUGUCCGCGUCCAUGUCGGUACCGGUACCGGCGCCUGCGCCACCGAUGGCUCCGCCUCCUCCGUCUCCAUCGCCGGCGCCCGCGGUGGUGGCCGUGCCGGUAACAGAGAAGAAGACCGAGGCACCUAGGCAAGAAACCUCAGAGCAAGGAACAUCCAAAGGAAAGCAACAAGAACAAAUUACUGAUGACCCACCACCAAUGCAGAGUGGGCAGAAGAGGCAGCGCAGCGAUGACGCCUUGGGACCAGGAGAAGCCACUGACCUGCAGGGCCAGCUUAUUGAGAUUCUAGACCGGAGCAGCCGGAUGGUGGCGGCGCAGCUGGAGGCGCAGAACAUCAACUGCCAACUGGAUAGGGAGCAGAGGAAGGACCAAGUGAGCGGCUUGCUCGGUGUUCUUGGUAAGGUGGCUGAUGCGCUCUACAGAAUCGCUGAUAAGAUGUAGUCACCGCUGUAAAUGUUUUGAGGAAAGUAAAUAAUUACUCCAAAUAAGAAGGAAAAUAGCAUAAAAUUAUAAGAAUGUACAGAUUGAUAUAGAGUGUCUUGGCAUUCAAUUUUCUUGUAGACUGGUUCUGAAAGUUAGUCAGGAACCUGAUGUACUAUUUUCCUCGAGGGAGAUGCAAGACCCAAAUAUUGUGUA